AUUCGUGAAGUAUGCAAUGAAUGCGACGCAUGCAAAGUCGAAGUGGUCCUUGAUACCCUCCUUAACCUGUAUCCUUUUUGUAUUUGUCGCCAAAUUUGUCCACUACGGUAUUUCACAUCCGUCAUGGAAGGCUUGGAACUUGAACGCCGUCUCACAUUUCCAAGCAACGUUAUGAACCAUACCAGCAAACAUACGCCUUUUCUAUUGAGGCUCGCGCAUACAGCCUUUGACGGAACAGUUGAAAGCUUUCUGAACAUUUUCAAAAACGUGUCCGAGCGGUUCGGCAAGCGAACAGAGCCGUUUCCAAAGCCGUUACUUGGCAAGGUAGGUAUUGGACAAGGCAUGUGCAUAGUAAUAUUGUACUGUGAUACACAUUAUUAUCAUAUCCUGUGCUGUACACUACCGUAACCUUACAAUACACUACACGUUUGCACUAAAACAAAGCAUGUGAGCUGUUACCAUUGCCUUAGCAAUCCCACCUGCAAGCAACCGAACGGUACGAAUGUUAAUUUCCCAAACACAGGUUGCUAUCGUGACUGGCGGUAACACAGGCAUUGGCUUCGCGACCGCACAGCAACUGGCUCGCCGCGGUGCACAUGUGGUGUUGGCUUGCAGGGACCCCGUACGCGCUCAGGCAGCAGUACAGGUACUCAGCAUCACCAACCCACUCGCCUUCCCCUCCUCCCUACUUCCCACGCGCGUACCUGCGCUCAGCAGAUCGCCUCAGUCUACUUUUUUCUUUUCCCACAGGCCAUCACGCGGUCAUCUCCUCUUCCCGACUGCUGCCUCCUCCCCUCCUCCUCCUCUACAGCCUCCUCCUGCUACGCCCCGCCUCUGCAUGUGGAAGCCAUGCAGCUAGACUUGGGUCGGCUCAGCAGUGUACGGCAUUUUGUGAAGGAGUGGGGUGCACGCGGGCUGCCGCUGCACCUGCUGGUUUGCAAUGCGGGCAUCAUGGGGCCUCCACGGCGCCUUGAGACGGCGGACGGACUGGAGAUGCAGUUCCAGGUCAACUUCUUGUCUCACUGGCUGCUAGCAAAUGAGCUGCUAUCACGGGAACGAGAAAGGCGCAUGGCGGUAGCUGCUGCGGCAGCAACGGCGCACAGCUCCUCGUCAUCCAUGCGUCCCGCCUCCGCUGCGGAGUCCGCCUCCACUGGCUCUAAGCCGGCGGCCAAAUGCAGAUUCCGGAGAGCGCGACGGCGGUGCGAUAAGGCUCAUGUACACGUAACCUGCUCUUCCGGAUCCCUCCCCUGCCCAGCCGCUUCUGCGUCGCCCGCGUCGCCAACCUCCUGCGCCCCCGGCACCAGCGGUCUCGUCUCCUUAUCGGGUGUCGACCUAUGUGACGGAGGCGCGGCAGCAGCAACUAAAGCAGGAGGCGGUGACGAGGGCAUGCGGGUGGUGAUGGUGACCAGUCUGACCCACCGAGCGGGUGCGUUGCAAUGGGGCGACAAGCAGAGCAGGCGCAGCUAUGAGCCCUUUGUGUCGUACGGUUUGUCCAAGUUGGCAAACAUCAUUACCGCCAAGGAGCUGCAGCGCCGCUUUGACAGGAGCCCUCCCGAGUACGGCAAGGACACGG